CCAUCUUCAUCGCGUCAUAUUCUUAUCGCAUGACCUGAGAUACUCAGGAAUGAUCUGAACAAUGUUUCUGGAAAGAGUCCUCAUGUGAAGCUAUAAAGUGGGUAGCGUCAGGAAUUCUACUCUUCUUUCUUCACGCUUUUCAAAAUGGCAGCGCUUCAAAGCAAAGGUUCAAGUUCGGUUUCGUUCAAUAAUGUAGUGACCGCGCCAGAACUGUCUUACCGGUCAAAUGAUACAGGAAAUAUCCCUUGGUAUAGCUAUGCUUGGGAUUCGUUUGGAAAACCGCAAGAAGAACGGAACUUCGUCGUCAAGCUUGACUUGAGUCUGCUUGUAUUCUCUGUUCUUGGACUGCUCAUGCGAUAUAUCGACCAAAAAAAUGUCGAUAGUGCUUACGUUUCGGGAAUGCGAGAAGAGCUUAACCUCUAUGGCAAUGAGCUCAAUUACGCGCAAACUUGCUGGACUGUAGGAUACGUCAUAGGCCAAGUCCCGGUGAACAUGUUGCUGAAUCGCAUAUCCCCGCAUUACAUCAUAUUCGCACUGGAAAUGGGGUGGACACUCUUGACAUUAUGUACGACUUGGGCGCACCACGCUACCCACCUUUAUGUUAUCCGGUUUUUCGUCGGCUUGUUUGAGAGCGGCUACUAUCCCGGACUUCUCUUUCUAAUUGGCUCGUGGUACACGAAGGAUGAGCUUGCCAAACGGUCAAAUAUCUUCCAAGCCGCUACUGCUGGUGGGACCCUACUCUGCGGAUUGAUCCAAGGCGGUAUCUAUAGCUCUUUGAAUGGCAAGGGCGGCUAUUCAGGAUGGCGAUGGUGUUUUGCUAUUGAUGCUCUCAUAUCAUUCCCCAUUGCAGUUGGCGCCUUCUUCAUGAUACCCGACCUCCCUACUGUUAUCAAGCCUAAUUGGUUGUUCUCCGAGCGUGAUAUCGAGAUAGGGAAAGCAAGGAUGAUCGCUGCUGGUCGUGAAGGCCCGAAACCAGGAUCGUUCAACUUCAAGUUCUUCGUGAAUCUAUUAAGUGAAUGGCACAUAUGGCUCUUCACGGCAGGAUAUUCUUUGUAUAUCUAUUCACAGAACCCACAGCAGUCCAUGUCAUUUUGGCUCAAGUACUCGAAAAACCCAACUUACACUGUGCCACAAAUCAAUUAUUAUCCAUCUGGUAUUUGGGCCACACAGAUCGUUUCUGCUCUUGGAUUUUUGUGGUUGAGUGAUACCAUCCUCAAAGGGUGGAGGUGGCCUCCACUGAUUUUUGUUACUGUACGGCACUUGAUCGACGUCGCUGUGCUCGCGGGGACGCCGGUGUACGCAGAGAAUCGUGUUCCUAGAUGGGUCUUUUACUACCUAUCAGGUCUAGUUAACUGCACACCCGGCCUUUUCUAUGCGUGGUGUAGCGAGAUCGUCGGUGCUAGCUCAGAGAAGCGCGGUGUCAUCAUGGGGACAUUUAACAGCGUAGCGUACAGCUUCAAUGCUUGGCUUCCAUUACUAUUGUUCAAAACGACCGAACAACCCCGAGUCCUUAAAGGAAACAUUUCAGUUGUGGUCGCUCAAGCGUUGCUCAUUGGCGUCCUGCUGGCUAUCCUUCACCUAUCAAUGCGUGACCAGAAAAGAGAGGCGAAGAAAGCACAGGACGACUAAAGCUCACAUACUCAGAACCCUGUUACUUCUCACGAGUGAAGAAUUGU